UCAGCUGUAGUCCUGUCUCCGGCUCCUUUCCUGCAUCCCGGAGGAGCCGUGGGGCCAGCCUGGGGUGCAGUUAUUCUGAGCACUCAAUCACAUGGUCUCAGAAACAUCUUAAUAAACUCUGACCAGCAACACAGCCAACAGCUUUGUCUCAAAAUAAAACAGCUGCCCAGGAUCUCAACGUGGCAAGAAAGCGUCUCAUCCAGCUGAGAAGAGAAGAACUCUGGUGCCCAGCAAAAAUGUCUGACAAAACUCCCUUCGAAACAGAUGUGCUGACUCUCACGCGAUUCGUUAUGGAGAAGGGACGCCGCAUUAAAGGAGCGACAGGGGAGCUGACACAGCUGCUCAACUCCAUGCUGACUGCCAUAAAGGCCAUUUCCUCUGCAGUCAGAAAGGCGGGCCUUGCCCACAUGUUUGGUAUAGCUGGCACUGUGAAUGUGACUGGUGACGAAGUGAAGAAACUGGAUGUAUUAUCCAACUCCCUGGUGAUUAAUAUGCUCCAGUCCUCCUACAGCACCUGCGUCCUGGUCACGGAGGAGAACAAGGAGGCCAUCAUCACCCCGGAAGACAAGCGGGGUAAAUAUGUGGUGUGCUUUGACCCCCUUGAUGGCUCAUCCAAUAUAGACUGCUUGGCACCGAUAGGAACAAUAUUUGCUAUCUACAAAAAGGAAACAGCUGACAAGCCCUCUGAAAAAGAUGCUUUGCAGCCAGGACGCAAUAUUGUUGCUGCAGGCUAUGCCUUGUACGGCAGCGCUACACUGGUCGCCCUCUCCACAGGGCAAGGAGUGGACUGCUUCAUGCUCGAUCCGGGUCUCGGUGAAUUUAUUUUGGUGGACAGAGAUGUUAAAAUCAAGAAGAAAGGGAAGGUAUACAGUCUCAAUGAAGGUUAUGCGAAGUAUUUUGAUCCUGCAAUGACAGAAUAUUUACAAAAGAAGAAAUUCCCUGAGGAUGGCAGUUCCCCAUAUGGUGCCAGGUAUGUGGGCUCCAUGGUAGCUGAUGUUCACCGUACAUUGAUGUAUGGUGGGAUCUUCAUGUAUCCUGCUAAUCAGAAGAGUCCUAAAGGAAAGCUUCGACUUCUCUAUGAGUGCAACCCUAUGGCUUUCAUCAUUGAGCAGGCAGGUGGGAUGGCAACUACAGGCGCUGAGGCGGUGUUGGAUGUGAAACCUGAGAGUAUUCACCAGAGAGUCCCUCUUAUCCUCGGGUCUCCAGAUGACGUGCAGGAAUACCUCGCUUGCGUACAGAAACACCAGAAGACCAGCUAAAGGCUUUUCCACAUCAAACCUUGCUCAUCCGUCUUCAGUCUACAGGAAAAGCUGUACCUUUCAAGAUGGUGGAUUCUAGCAAUUAGCACCCAUCUCUCAGUGAAAAUCACACUUUAUGAGAACAAGAAAACUAGUGAGAAUGGCUGACGGGAAAAACAAAAAUUUCAUUUCUCCAUGCAGACAAAUGUAAAAAUCCUUUAACUCUGAUUUAUGCAGUGCAAAUGUAGAGACAGAGGCCUGAUUAUUAAAGAAGUGACUUACUU